GUCAGUUACGCAUAAACCCUAGUUUUCUACUGCGAAACCCUCAAAGAAUCAGCCAUGGCGGAGAUGCCAAAGGAAACAUACCCGUUCUUCACUCUAUCGAAUGCCAAUCAAUUGGGUUCAGGGUUCGGAUUCGGGUUCUUCGACCAGCCAUCCAAACCCACAGAGCCCCUUCCUCCUCCCACCGAAGUGAUCCCUUCAGAGGAAAAAUCACCUGCUGAUUCGAAUGCAGAUCCUAUUGAGAUCGCCAGCGGGCUUACACUUCUCAAGGGAAAAGUUAGCACCUUUGAUGUCUUUGGAGUGUCCAAUUCGGAUUUAGUACCCGGUAAAUACGAAGGGGGCCUGAAACUAUGGGAAGGGUCAAUUGAUCUGGUGAAGGCGCUUCAUUUUGAGGUCCAAGAAAGUCGGUUGAUGAUCAAAGGAAAGAGAGUAUUAGAGCUUGGAUGUGGUCAUGGGCUUCCUGGGAUCUUUACACUUAUUGAGGGUGCAACUACUGUCCAUUUUCAAGACUUCAAUGCUGAAGUCCUUAAGUUUCUUACAAUACCAAAUGUAAAAGCUAACCUGGAGCAAGUAUCAAAUAAAACAGAGGCGAACAUCUCUUCUGAUGUCCGCUACUUUUCUGGCGAUUGGAGCGAGGUUCACAAGCUCCUAUUACCAAAGUGCUCUAAUGAACAGCAGAACACAUUAGACAAUAGCUCAUCUGAUGGUUAUGAUGUUAUUUUGAUGGCUGAAACUGUGUAUGAGCUUUCCUCUCUACAAAGUCUAUAUGACCUUAUCAAGAAGUGUUUAUUGAGGCCUUCGGGAGUUGUAUAUGUGGCAGGAAAGAAACACUAUUUCGGGGUAGGUGGGGGAACAAGGCAAUUUUUACUUGUGGUUGAAGAAGAUGGUGUAAUGGAAUCUCACUUGGUUGCUGAAGUUGCAGAUGGCUCAUCAAAUGUCCGGGAGGUGUGGAAGUUUUCAUAUAAAGAGGCUUAAAGCAUCAUCUCUGUCCUCACUCUUCUUCUCUCACUAUUUAUACUCAACUAUGAGUGUUGCGUCUAUGCAUCCUCUGAAAUUCUUCAAAUGGGGUUCAAAGGCGGUUAUCAGAGGCUUCAGAGUGAAACCGAUAGCACUCCAAAUCUUCUGUCGUCGUGUUCCAAGAGAUUGAAAUCAUGUUGUAUUUCUACGGUCUCAUUGUCGAAGAGGGUUGUUGAGCUCUGUAGCGAGGUAGUCAGCACGAUGAAGGUUGAAGAUAUGGUUUGCCCUACUAUUGUUUUUUCGUCUCAGUGGGGACUUCCAGUUGUUGCUCAUCAUUGGAUGACUUGUAAGAGGAUAGGCUGAUAUGAGAAUAAGCUUUGAUUUUAAGAAAUUGGUUUAUUAGUUGCUUUUUUGGUUCGAGUUAAUGUAUAUCUUUAUGCUAUUGUUGUCUCAUUGCCUGUUAUUGAAUUUUGCAUACAACCUAUGAUAUAUGGGUGGAACGAUUCUACUA